ACGAAAUCAUGAUGACCACUACGUCGCAUCCGCGGAACCACGGCGGUCCUGACGAGAAUGACCCGAACGUUCGCAAGCACGUCCAAAAGAAGCUGAAUCAUUGCCAGAGGCAAAAAGAACGACCAGUCAAAGUUCGCAAAUCGUUGGAGUCAUCGCUGCCUCCUGGUCAAACCAAAGGGCAAGCGUGGCUUGUCUUGGACAUUCGACCAAGUCGAUUCCACUUUGCCUUCAAUGAUGCAUGGCGUUUGCAAGUUGUACACGGAAGCACGACUUCGUACAUCAAAAUGUCGGAUAUUCAAGCUUCCAAGGACGUGCGCACUCUGGACGCCAUGGAUUUUCAUUGCGUAACGAGUUGGUCGUUUCCUGGACUUCGUCUGCGAGGCAUUCCUGUGUCGUCGCUUCUUGCGCCUAUCGUACCGAUUUAUGCUGCCAACGCGAAAUGGAAGUCUAUGGUGCAAUAUGGGGCGGACAAGUACUCGACGUCGCUACCACGAGCCGCGGUGGAGGCCAAUGAAGGAUAUUUGGUUUUCGAGGUCGAAGAGAGUGCGACGGGCGAAAGGAAGCCACUGGGCCACGAGCAUGGCAGCGUCCGCAUUUGGUUUCCUCGAUUGUAUGGAUACAAAAGCGCCAAAUGGCUCGUGCGGCUCGAAUUUUGUGACGAGGUGGUCGCAGGAUUCUGGGAAACCAAGGGAUAUCACGCUGUGGGCGAGGCAAUUCUGGAGCAGCGCUUUUCGGACGAGCCUGCUGGAACCGUCGCCAAAACAAUCAUGAAUCCAUUCAACGCAUGGUUUUCGUGGUAUGCGAUGAAUUUCCCGGCAAACUUCUUGGCCGCCCAGCAAUGCCUGAGCUUGGACAUUCGGCAAACGCUGUUCAACUGGCGAUUCUACUGGAUGAUCCUGACGUUCUGGGCGUGCUUUCCGCUUUAUGGGCUCUUCCAUGGCGGCAAGUUGAUGCUAAAGUUGGUGCUGAAGGGGCAGGUGGUCAAAUUCCACGCAGAAUGAACGGUGUGCCUGUCCCUGGCUAGUCGAAACCCAUGCAUUCGUAAUGUAAACACCGACUCAUGUGCUCGCAAA